AUGGCGGAUAUUGUCAGGCCUCCUCGCCUUGAUUUCCACUUGGUAUAUAUGGCUUCGACUCAACCCUUCAACACACCUCAAUGUACGCAUACCCAGCUGCAGCUGCAGACCUACCACAUUAGUCCAAACAAGCUUGUGUUUGAAGACAAGUUAGAUCAGGGAUUCAAAAGCUUGCAACCUGCUGCCAAGUUUGAAUGUCCACCCUCACCUACCCUGGAGGAAAAUGAGUACUUUGAUUGCGAAGCAGACACUGAUAUUAACAUGGGCAUGGAUGUGGAUCCUAUUGACAGGGACUUGUAUGUUGACGACGAUGUUUGCGAAUACUCUUCCCAACCCAAUUCUCCUCGUCUAUACUUUCCACCAUCUGACGAUGAGUCUCUUGACAACCAAAGUGUACUUUCUCUCAAUCUCGGCACUCCUGCUAUCACACAUGACGAGCAUCACGAACAGGUCAGUACCAGUGAAUAUAUUGAGGGAGGUGACAAGCAAGAUGAUGAGCGAGUUUGGGAUCCAGAGGGGGAUCCUGAAUACUUGUCAAAUGAUGCCGUCCUCGAGGAUGGCCCCGCACAAGAAGACCAAAGCAAGCCGGAGGAUAUCCUCCCACAAGCAUUAUUGGAGCAUCCAGCUCUUCUUAAUGGCUACUUGACUGUGUUUGUCAAUGCUGCAUACCGACAUGCAACACAUGCAGACUCAGAGGCAACACUCACCCUCCUUUGCAGUACAAUCAAGACAUGUUAUCGAGACCUUGGCGGAGUUCCACCAGGACUCGACCUAGAUAACAUGGCUCACACUCUUUGCAACCGUGGAAAAACGCCUUGGCGUUGA